AUGGGAUUGGAUAAAUUUAUUGCACAAUAUGUUUCAAAUAACACUAGUCUGGUACAUGUUGCUGUUAUAGGAUUCCCUUUUGAUGAAGGUGUAAAAAGAAACGGAGGAAGAGUAGGAUCAAAACAUGCACCAACUUCAUUCAGAAAGAUGAUACGACGUGCAGGAACUGUAGUAAAUCCUGAAAAUAAUAUUAAUUGUAGUUCUCUUAGGAUUGUAGAUUUAGGAAAUGUCGUAAUUGAUGAUGAAACUAACCUUGAAGAGGCACACCAAAGAUUAGAAGAAUAUGUAUUUAAAGCUUUUAAUAUUUUACAAGCAGAAACUGUCUUUGUUAUUGGAGGUGGUAAUGAUGAAAGCUUUUCAAACGCAAAAGGAUUAUUAAGACAUGUUCAACAAUUUGAUAAAGUAGGAGUGGUAAAUAUAGAUGCACAUUUAGAUGUAAGAGAUUUGAAAAAUGGGCUUCACCAUUCUGGUUCUCCAUUUAGACGUUUAUUGGAAACUGAUGGAUUUGUUGGAAAACAUUUUGUGGAGUUUGGGGCUCAGGGCACUCAAUGCUCACAAACACAUGCAAAUUUUGUGUAUGAAAAGGAGGCAAAAAUUUAUUGGCUUUCAAAGGACAUAAAGGAUGAACAAUCUGCCCUACCAAUAUUUAAAAAAGUGAUUGAAGAAGAUUUCAAGAAUACUGAGAAAAUAUUUGUGAGCUUUGAUUUGGAUUGUGUUUCAAUGUCAUGGGCAAGUGGUGUCUCUUGUCCUUCUCCACUUGGUUUAACUGCUCAAAACGCUUUGGAUAUUGCAUUCUAUUCUGGAAAUAAUUCAAAAGUUAAAUUAUUUGAUUUAAGUGAAUACAAUCCAAUAAUAGAGGAAUACAAUACUGGAAAGUUAGUUGCAGCAAUUUUUGUCCAGUUUGUACUUGGAGUAGCAAGCAAAACAAAGAUUGGAUCGAGUACUAUUUAA